AUGUUGGGGUCAGCAGCUUAUCGACUGACGGACGAUAUUGCUGAACCCAGCUUCAACAUGCGUCUUAUCGAAGCUGUCAAACACAGUCGCUGCCUGUACGACUCCACGGAUAGACAAUAUAGAAGUACUGAAUAUAAGAUAAAGGUCUGGAAUCGUCUUGUACAGGUUCUUCAGUUUGAUGGGGAUUCCCGGACGUUAUAUGCGAGAUGGAAACAACUUCGGGACAAAUAUGGAAAGGAGAAGCGAAAGGUCAAGUAUCAAGGAGAUCAAUCAACAUGGCAAUACUACAAAUACCUCUCGUUUCUUGAUCCACAUAUGAUAGAUCGUACCUCAAUCGAAUCUCCAGCAAGGAAAGAACAUCCUGAUGUGCAAGUGACCGUUACGGAUCCGUCUUUUGGUACGAAUUUGAUUGAGGAAGUCCGUGCACACCCAUGUCUUUUCGACAUACGAGAUCCAAAAUAUAGGCAUUCUGAGUGUCGUAAUCAAGCAUGGAACAGUGUUAUAGCUCAUCUAAAUUACCCUGGUGACGUGAAUUCGAUUUACAAGCAGUGGAAGAAACUCCGAGAUAGAUACGUCAGGGAAAAAAGGAGGCUUCGUAUGCAGAGAGACAAUGGCGUACAUGAUGAGAGUACGUGGGAUCUUUAUCCUGCUAUGGCAUGGAUCGAUCCAUACCUCGAUGAAAGGGCUCAGCUGUUGAGGCAUGUGAAGAGAAAACACGAAGAUGAGCUGUCAGAUUAUGGAGAAUUGGACGACAUGGUCAGAUCUGGUCUUGGAUAUAUGGUAUCCGAUAAGGGAAGGAAUGAAGGUGGCGCUGACGUACUUCUGGAUGGUGAUAGCGCUUUUGCUGCUUCAGCGGUUUCCGAUCUACGCACUCUACCAGAACAUGCUAGAGCUCUGGCAAAGGCACAAAUAGAAGCGAUAUUCGACUCGGGGCGAAUGAAUGUGCAUGCAGAGUUUUAA